AUGUUUUUAAAGAAUAUUUUUAUUGCUCUUGCUUUUGCUUUAUUAGUUGAUGCUACUCCAGCCAAAAGAUCUGCAGGUUUCGUUACCUUAGACUUUGAGGUUAUUAAAACCCCUGUCAAUGCCACUGGUCAAGAUGGUAAAGUCAAAAGACAAGCUAUCCCAGUCACUUUAAACAACGAAGUUGUCAGUUAUGCUGCUGAUAUCACUGUUGGUUCCAACAGACAAAAAUUCAAUGUUGUUGUUGAUACUGGAUCUUCCGAUUUAUGGAUUCCUGAUGCAUCUGUUACUUGUGAAAAUCCACCUCCAGGCCAAUCAGCAGAUUUCUGUAAAGGGAAAGGUCUUUACACCCCAAAAUCUUCCACUACUUCUCAAAGGUUGGGUAACCCAUUCUAUAUUGGUUAUGGUGAUGGUAGUUCUUCUCAUGGUACUUUGUAUAAGGAUACUGUUGGGUUUGGUGGUGCCUCGAUCACAAAGCAAGUAUUUGCCGAUGUCACUAAAACUUCUGUCAAUCAAGGGAUUUUAGGUAUUGGUUAUAAGACUAACGAAGCUGCUGGUGAUUACGAUAAUGUUCCAGUCACCUUAAAGAAGCAAGGCGUUAUUGCUAAGAAUGCUUAUUCUCUUUAUCUCAACUCUCCUAAUGCUGCCACUGGACAAAUCAUUUUUGGUGGAGUUGACAAAGCUAAAUACAGUGGUUCUUUAAUUGCUGUACCUGUCACUUCUGAUAGAGAAUUAAGAAUCACUUUAAAUUCUAUCAAAGCUGCUGGUAAAAACAUCAAUGGUAAUAUUGAUGUUCUUUUGGAUUCUGGUACCACCAUUACUUAUUUCCAACAAGACGUUGCCCAAGGUAUUAUUGAUGCCUUCCAUGCUGAAUUGAAACAGGAUGGUAAUGGCAAUAGCUUAUAUGUCGCUGAUUGUCAAACUUCUGGAACUGUUGAUUUCAAUUUUGCCAACAAUGCCAAGAUCUCUGUUCCUGCUUCUGAGUUUACUGCUCUGUUGUUUUACACCAAUGGUCAACCUUAUCCCCAAUGUCAACUUCUUUUGGGUAUUAAUGAUGCUAAUAUCCUUGGUGAUAACUUUUUGAGAUCAGCUUACAUUGUUUAUGAUUUGGAUGAUAAUGAAAUUUCCUUAGCUCAAGUUAAAUACACUUCUGCUUCAAAUAUUGCUGCUCUUACUUAG